AUGAGCAUCAUCGAUAAGGGAAAGGGCGCAGAUAGAGACAGCGUAUACAAUCACGCGCUCAGAGUGGCGUAUCUCUCACAUCUCACCUCCCCAAAGCCUUCCCAGCCUUCACAGACGGCAGCCUUCACGUCACCGCACAAGCAGACGUCUUCGAAGCACCUAGCAUCCAUAUCCUCCAUCUCCAUCUCCGACGUUCUCAAGGAUUCUCUCACUCGGGACAGCAAAGGUGUCAAGUUCCCCGAGAAAUUCGUCAAAGCGUUGGAGAAGAAGUGCGAGCAGGUGGCUAUGGGCAGGGAUCCAAUCUACAAUGACAGAGACUUCAGGGCUAUCAUCGGCGUCUUUUACGGCAAAUUCAGCAGGAACAAGCAAACUUACAAAUCUAAUCGCAAAAUUGAAGAAAUAGUUAUGCAUUUUGUCUCGGAAGCUGUGGUUCAUUUGAAGAAAAUAUCCCCUGAUAACUGGCAGAAUCUGAUUAUACUACAGUCUGUCAAAUUUAUUCAGCUUAUCUCAAACACGCUUAAGUCCAUCUCCGGCGUCUCCACGGAACUCCUCGAUCGUAUUAAAGGUUAUGAGGCUAAACUUAAUCCUGGACAUGACAUCAGCACGAGAGAUGUUACUAGGGAGGGCACAAGGGACGCUAUGAAAGACACCCCAAAUAAACAACCAGGCAGCCCUAUUCCAUCCACUCCAAAUCCCGGGAUCAGUCAUUUGGUUAGCGAUAUGCCUAUGGUCCUCACUGUCGGUGAACUCUACGGCAAAUCACCCCUCACCCUCCAGGAAGAUGUCAACGUCAUCAGCCUGAUUGUCUCUGAAAAAGCUGCUCUCAACGAUAUUAAGACAUGUCUCCAACAUCUCGGCUCUGAUGAGGCUAUCACAGGCAAGGUAUCCGACUUUGCCUCCGAGCAGGCAUAUGAUCAUUGGAAGUUGAUCGAAAUGGAAACUCUCACUCAGCUUAUGAAAAUGAUGGUCCAGCUAAACCCAGCCCUUGCCAAGUCUGGCCCUUCUGAUACUCUGCCAUCACCAAGACCUACAUUUCAGCAAUCCAAUUCAAAUUCUCAAGAAGACUACUUAAACACCCUUUCGCGUAAUACCCACGCUUCAAUUUCACGCAAGCCUUCAAUGACCUCACGAUUCUCUUUAAGCUCAGUAGCUGAUGCAGUCUCAAGAACUACAUCGAAUGAAGAUGAGAAGAGCGGUGAGAAUGCAAAUUACCAUCAAGCGAUUCAAACUCAUGAUUACACUAUCAUUCCACCAUCCCCAAGAAGUUAUUAUGCAAGUCUGCUCAAUCAGUCUAUGGCUUUCGAUUUGGAUGCGAUGCAAAACAUGUCUGAGGAUGACCAAGUAUCGUUGGGUAUUAUUUCAUCUCGCCAUCUAGAAUUACUCGCUGAAUGUGCAGUACGUUGGCGUAUUAGCCCACCAUCAAAGACGGCAGCAUUUGUCAAUGAGAUGGUAAUGAGAUUCGAGACUGACCAAGUACCAAUUGACUGCAUACAUGAGGCAAUCAGAGGAGUACAGAAAACACUAGGUGAAUGGCAACUAGACCAGUGGCCAACAAUCGAUCGCAAUUCUCUUAUUAGUCUAUACAAGCGAGUAGCAUACACAUCACUGAUUAGAAUUGGUGAGAGACUCGAUGACGCUUUGUCUUCUAGUGCGGAUGAUCUUUACACUGAUACAGAGAUUCUUCCCAUCCUACAUGACACUGGACUUCUUAUACAAGGUGGCAUGGAUAUCCAGUUCGAACUUGAUAGAAUCAAAGGGAGAGUGUCAGAAUUCGCUAAAAACACCUACAAUGCUGAACGAAAGACUGUUGAAAAUACAAACCGUCUAAGCGUAAUGGAUUCCGCUUUCGCUUUAGUUGAAUGGGUGCAGAAGACAGGAAAGAAAUUAGACAAACUAUACCCAAUGCCCCUUCUUGAUUACAUCGACAUUGUACCCCUAUUUAUUGAAAAGGCUGUGCCUUUGUGUAUUGCAGAUAUCAAGUGGAAGAUACCCAUGUUCUUGGAACAACUACGAAGCAGGCCAAAUGGAUUUCCUAUAGACGACGCAUUUGAGUUAAUGUCGAGGGUGAGGAGGUUGAUUACUUUUUCAAAUCAAGCGUGUCCUGGAGCUCAACUGGACUUUUCUAUAAGCACUGCCUUCGGUCCAUUUGUGGAGCACUACUUGGAGCAGUCUGGCCGCAAGACAGAGCAGUGGGUGCAAGCUGCUAUCAGAGCGGAUAAUUUCCAACAGGAGGACAAUAUCGGCCACUCGUCGUCAAUAGUUGAUCUCUUCGCAUCGCUCAAAACGUGUGUGCUAAACAUUAAAAACCUCGACUGGCCAGAUCAAGUGGAGCACGCCAAGUACAUGACCAGACAGGCAAAAACGCUCAGUCGGGCGAUCGACCAAUACAGCAGGACGUUACUGGAUAUGUUUAUGAACGAGAUGUUUCCAGCCCCGCUACCAGAGACGCCACUGCCUGGACAAUCAGCGUGGGUGGCCCGAGCGCAGCAUUUCGUACAGGGUGAAAAGAAAACGGUGCCGUUCAACUUUGACGCAAAAUCUUGCGUCAAGUUGAACAACAUAGAGUCUGCGAAAUCGCUCCUCGACAGUCUGUAUACUCUGUGCGAUGCUGACGAGGUAGCCAACAUGCUACAGGAGGGUGAAGGUGAGGGUGAGAGUAAAGCUGUGUACUCUAACACCCCAUCCACAUCCACACAUAACCCCCGCUACCUCUUCUCUAUCAAGGUCGUCAUGGCGGAGGAUCUUCGCGCGAGAGACCUCUCACCAGGACGAUUGGAUCCUUUCGUUACUAUCGCCGACGAGCGUGGUGAUCGCAUUUACAAGAGCAGGACUAUCUAUAACGCCCGCAACCCGCGUUGGGAGGAGAGCGUCGACCUGUCGCUCACAAAGGCGCUCUGGAUCGGCGCUACUCUCUGGGACAGGAGCACAAUCGGCGAACACAAACUGAUCGGUAGGGGCUAUCUCAAACUCGACCCUCCUAAGUAUGAAGAUUGUCUGCCGCAGGACAAGUGGCUGAAGUUGGAUUCUAAUAAUGGCGCUGUGCUCCUGCGCGUGAGCAUGGAAGGCGAGAAGGAUGACAUACAGUUCCAUUUUGGCAGAGCUAAUAUAUCGCUCAAGAGGGCAGAGUCUGAUAUGUGUCGGACGAUAGUUGAUAAAAUGUCACCGUUCAUUCAGCAGUGUCUCAACAGAACAGUGCUGCGCUCUCUUCGCAAAGGGGGUGGAUACUCGGAGCAGGUGACCAAGACUAUUGACAAUAUCACGGCCAACUAUAAAAAUUGGAAAACUCAACGCACGAACCAGUCGAUGGAUAGCGAGAUACCACUGCCUAAAGAUGAGCUACCACCGACACCACCAACAGCUGCAGUGAUGCGCAAUCGCAAUCGCACUGAUCAGCUGACAGAUGAGGAGAUCGAGGAUGCUAUUGGACCUCUUUUUGAUUACUUUGAUGCUAACUUUGCAGUACUGGCGUCGACGCUGACUGAUACUGCCAAGAUAACAGUCAUGUCGAGGGUGUGGAAGGAGGUGCUUAUGACAAUAGAGGGGUUACUCGUACCUCCGCUGUCGGAGCACUUUAGCGAUAUGAGGCCACUUCCAGAUAAAGAAGUGGAUAUAGUGUUUAAGUGGCUGCAGUCGCUGAGACUUUUCUUUUACGCUGAUGGUGAAGGACUGCCGCUUGAGACGCUGCAGAACCAAAAAUACAACGAAAUAGUAUCAAUACGGCUGUACUACGACUGGCCGACUGAUCCACUAAUGGAGGAGUGUGUCAAGAUGAUGCAGAUGGGUCUGCGCAAGGCGCCCACAUUGCGCAAGAAGAGAAAGACAGUCAAAUCGCACAGGAACAUGGGUACGAUCAAGGCGCGCAAGAAGAAAGAUCACAAGCUGCAAGAAUCAGAUCAUGGAGAUAUCAUACUCAAAAUCUUGCGUAUGCGUCCAUCUACUAAGGAUUUCGUCGGUCAGCAGUUAGAGGUAUCGAGUAAUUACAAACCUGCGAAAAAUAGAUUAACGGAUGGUAUUACGCAGAUAAAGAAGGGAAUCGAUAGCGCGGCUUUGCGCACAAAGAGAUCGUCUGUAGUUUCUACCAUGAGUAAUAGCCCGAAUACUGACGCUAGCUAUGGUAAUACUAGUACUACUGGGAAUACUACGAAUUCGAGCAUCUAG